ACGUACACAAAAUUUGUCGGGAGAGAUAAAAUUUGCGUGGAAUUCCACAGAGAGAGCAAAAUCUCACUCACUGCAGAGACAAGACGAAAUGACGGUCAUAUCGGUUCAUCAAUUCGCGCAAUGCAUCACUUGCCACGCUUGGAGCCCCGAACAAUCCAUGGUUGCUUUUUGUCCAAAUAAUAAUGAAGUGCACAUAUAUAAGUUGGUUGAAGACAAAUGGGAAAAGGUGUAUGUUCUUCAAAAGCAUGACCAGGUAAUUUCUGGGAUAGACUGGAGCAGAAGAUCAAAUAGAAUUGUUACUGCAUCCCAUGAUCGGAAUUCAUAUGUCUGGAACCUUGAAGGAUCAGAAUGGGUGCCAACUCUUGUUAUCCUUAGACUAAACCGUGCUGCCCUUUGUGUUCAAUGGAGUCCAAAAGAAAACAAAUUUGCAGUGGGAAGUGGAGCCAAAACUGUUUGUAUAUGCUACUAUGAGCAGGAGAACAACUGGUGGGUCAGCAAACUUAUCAGGAAAAGACAUGAUUCUUCAGUGACAAGUGUUUCUUGGCAUCCGGAUAAUAUUCUUCUUGCGACAACAUCAACAGAUGGGAAAUGCCGAGUAUUCUCCACCUUCAUAAAAGGCGUUGAUGCAAAGGAUUCAAAAAAGGGUACUUCAUCAGAUUCAAAAUUUGGAGAGAUGAUUGUUCAGCUGGAUCUCUCAUCGUCUUGGACAUUUGGAGUCAAGUGGUCACCAAGUGGAAAUACUCUAGCGUAUGUAGGUCAUAAUUCUAUGAUAUAUUUUGUUGAUGAUGUUGGUCCUUCUCCUUUGGCCCAAAAUGUUGUGUUCCGUGAUUUGCCCCUCCGUGAUGUACUAUUUGUUUCUGAGAGAAAAGUGAUAGGUGUGGGAUUUGAUUGUAACCCAAUGGUUUUUGCUGCAGAUGAAAGGGGAAUUUGGAGUUUUGUCAGAAAUCUGGGAGAACGGAAAGCAGUAUCUUCUGGAUCCAGAUAUGGCUCGCAGUUCUCUGAAGCAUUUGGGAAGUUUUAUGGCCAAUCAAAGCAUGGAGUGAGCAAUGACGCAGUUGAAACUUCAAGAACGCGUGGAAUUGUUCAUGAAAACUGUAUAAAUUGUAUUAUGCCUCUUGGGGAUCAUGGCUCAUUGAAAAGGCGUUUCAGCACAUCAGGAUUGGAUGGAAGAAUUGCUGUAUGGGAUUUGGAAAAUGAGCAAGAUCUGUUGGAAUAAGCUUAUCAGUAAAUUGUCCCAUCUUCGUGGCAGUGUGAAGCUGAUUGUCGCAUGCAGCAUUAUACCUUGUAAAUUAAUUUGGUUAUGAGGGAUUGAAGUGAUCUCUAAUCAUUAUAAUCAAGGCUUGAAUGUCUCAGAUAUCAGCUCUUAGAAUAUGUUUAUAAACUGUACCUGUAUGUUAACGAAUUAUCCUUUUCUAUAUUUUGGCUGUUGUUUUUCAUGCAAUGACUCUCUCGGGAAAAGAUAUAUAACCAAUAAUAUAUUCUUACAGAGGAAUAUCAGUGUUCAUCUUUAGACGACUUAAA